AUGCGCGUCUCGUUCCUCGUCAUCGUCGCGGCGAUCGCGACACUCGCGAUCGCCGCCCCCUCCGUCCUCGCCGAAGCGAGCGGCUCGUGCCCGUACCACGCCAACGGCGACGGCGCGAUCGCUCCGGAGAAGUGGCACCGGCGCGCCAUGCCGGACGACUACAGCGGCGGACUGAAGGAGUUCAGCGUGGUUUACACCGACCGCGCGCUCAACCACAUGUCCGCGCCAUUCAUCGAGGUCAUGAACGACCUGAACACCCUCCUCAAGGGCGUCUACAACGCCGCGGCGACCGUCAUCCUCCCCGGAUCAGGCACGUACGGCAUGGAGGCGGUGGCGCGACAGUUCGCGCGCGGCGAGAAGGCGCUCGUCGUCCGCAACGGGUACUUCUCCUACCGGUGGACCGACAUCUUCGAGCAGACCGAGAUCGCGUCCGAGGUUGUCGUCCUCAAGGCCACGCUCGACACCGAGGGCACCGACGCGUCCCGCCCGCACGUCAAGCCCCUCCCGGUCCACGCCAUCGUCUCCGCCAUCGAAAAAGAAAAGCCCAAGGUGGUCUUCGCCCCGCACGUCGAGACCUCCACCGGCGUGAUGUUCCCCGACGAUCACGUCAAACAAAUCGCGGACGCCGCGCACCGCGUCGGCGCCGUCUUCGUCCUCGACUGCAUCGCGUCCGGCACCUACUGGGUCGACAUGAAAGCCCUCGGUAUCGACGUCGUCAUCACCGCGCCGCAAAAAGGAUGGAGCGGACACGCGUGCGCCGGCGUGGUGAUGCUCUCCGCGCGCGCCGAGGCGCUCGUCCGCGACGAAAGCGCGACGAAAAGCGACAGCAUGACGCUCAACCUGCGCAAGUGGCUCGGCGUCAUGGACACCUACGUCGCCGGCGGGUUCAGCUACUACACCACCAUGCCCACCGAUUGCCUCCGACUGUUCAGGGACGCGGCGUUCGAGACGCGCGACUACGGCUUCGCGAAAAUCAAGGACGACUUCGUCGCCAUGGGCGCCAGGGUGAGGGACGUCAUGGAGGCUGCCGGCCUGACCAUCGUCGCCGCGCCGGGAUACCGCGCGCCAGGCGUCGCCGUCGCGUACGUAGGCGAUAAGAGCGUCGCCGCCAAAUUCAAAGCCGCGGGUUUUCAAAUCGCGGCGGGCGUCCCGUACAUGCUGGAGACGCAGCCGGAGAUGGGGACGUUUCGGUUCGGCCUCUUCGGGCUGGACAAGGUGCGAGACCCGGACGGGACGGUGAGGGCGAUCGAGGGCGCGAUCGCGAAGGCGCUGGACGGGGUGGAGCGCUGACGAAUUUUGAGACGAGUUUGAGACGGAUUUGAGACGGAUUCGAGACGCUCGCCGUCGCCGCGCCGAGCCGACGUUUCAAUCGCGAAGCGCGGUCGUUUCUCACUCGCGAAGCGUCGAGUCGAACGAACAGUCGCCGAGGCUCUGGGUUCUAACACUUAAUACGGCUACUUAAUACGUGUAAA